AUGGAGAAAGGAGGACUUUACAAUAGAGGUAGCAUCUUACUUAGCAAGUCAAAGAAGAGCGUCAAUAAAAAUCACACAUUUGCUGUAAUUAUUGCUUGCUCUUAUAUAUUUCUAUAGGAUAAAGAGGCUGAAGAAUAAGUUGAUUCAUUCAAGAGAAAGCAAGAGAAGAUGUCGCAAGUACACGAGCACCGUAGAAUUUAGAUUUAUGGAUCCAAAGAAGAAUAAAAGUAGCUAGCAAAAACCUAUCACAACGAAUGUGACAAUCUAGUCUACUGGUAAAACACAAAGAAAAAAGACGAACAAAGAAGAGACUAAUUCGAAACCAAGAGAUGCAAUGAUUUAUUCACAUCUCAAUGUGAGGCAGCUAGACAAUAGGAGAUUGCCAAGAGAGAGAUGCUGAAGAGAGUAUAAGAGGAAAAUCUAAUGAUGUCAUCCAAUAGAAAGAGAACUGAAGUUGUCAGUAAUGUUCAAGAGAAUAUCAAGAGACAACAAGAUAUCAAUAAUGCUAAGCACACCUACUCCACUAUGAUUAGAUGA